AUGCGCGCCUCUGCGUCCAGAUAUCGGCAGUUCAUCAACAGUCCCAUCAAUUUAAGCAAUAAUCUGCUGAAGACAGGACUGUCCGGACCGGUGUUGGGCGGUCAGCAACCGCCACCUCCACCACCACUACAGGCACCUCCAUCUCAACCCUCAUCGUUGAGCAGUUUUGUGAAAUGGCACACGAGUCUGAUGUCCAACAGAUAAUUUACGAUUAUAUGAGAUUAAAAAACAAUCCCAAGAAUAAUAUUAGCAUUACUUCAAACCACACCCGCAUUAUAUAAACGCAUCGAAUCCUUGAAUAUAUUUCGCUUUAAU